AUGAGGUGUACCUGCGAACACAAAAGCCACCACUUCAUUUACAAGUGUGACCCCCGAGCUCACCACGACCAGCGGCCUUCACAUCGGUCCGCGGCUCUUUCCGCCCCCACUUCCACUUCCGGGGGAGGGUGCUCCCGGGCCCUCCGGGGGUGUGGGCGUUCGCGAAACAGGAGCCGGAAGUUGCCCGGGCACUUCCGGUACGGGAAACUCUUAGCUGCCGGUCCGAUCGGGCUUGACAGGCGGGUCCUUGCUUCAAAGUACAUUAAAAAUUCUUUUAGCUGCUACCUGAAUUACAUUUUUAAUCUCUGCUACUUGCUUUCAUUUUUAGGGUUUGUGUUUAGUGAAUCAGAGGGAUCUGCAUUAGAACAGUUUGAAGGUGGCCCCUGUGCUGUUAUUGCACCUGUUCAGGCAUUUCUUUUGAAGAAGCUCCUGUUUUCUUCUGAGAAGUCUUCUUGGAGGGAUUGCCCAGAGGAAGAGCGGAAGGAACUCCUUUGUCACACCUUAAGUGAUAUUUUAGAAAGUGCCUGUUGUGACAACUCGGGAUCAUACUGCUUGGUUACAUGGUUAAGAGGAAAGACAACUGAGGAAACUGCUGGUAUUUCCGGGAGUCCCGCAGAAUCUAGUUGCCAAGUGGAACAUUCCUCUGCCUUGGCUGUCGAAGAGCUUGGCUUUGAGCGAUUUCAUGCAUUAAUUCAAAAAAGAUCAUUCGGAAGUUUAUCAGAAUUAAAAGAUGCUGUCUUGGAUCAGUAUCCAAUGUGGGGAAACAAAUUUGGAGUAUUGCUUUUUCUGUAUUCUGUGUUACUGACAAAGGGCAUUGAAAACAUAAAAAAUGAAAUUGAAGAUUCAACCGAACCUUUGAUAGAUCCUGUGUAUGGACAUGGCAGCCAAAGUUUAAUUAACCUCCUACUGACGGGACAUGCUGUUUCUAAUGUAUGGGAUGGUGAUAGAGAGUGCUCGGGAAUGAGUAAGUAUAAUCUCUAUGUGUCUGUGGCAAAAAUUUAUUUAACACUGUGCCAAGCAGAUAGAUUCCUAAAAGUUGGUUCUUACUUGAAAUCUCCAAAAUUCCCUAUUUGGAUUGUUGGCAGUGAAACUCACCUCACCGUAUUUUUUGCCAAGUCUUCAGAAUCUACUCUGUUCAUCUCUGAAAAACUGAGUCACACAGCUUCUAGGAAUACAGUCAUAUGCCACUUCACAAUGGGGAUUCAUUCUGUGAAAUGCGUCAUUAGGCGAUUUCGUCCUUGUGCAAACAUAGAGUGCACUUACACAAGCAUAGAUGGGAUAGCCCACUCCUGUAACUGCAUGUGCUGUGCUUUUAUACGACUGGCAGCGCAGCACCUUGCCCAGUGCUUAAAACACAGGAGGUAUUUUAUAUCAGUUCCUGUCUCUCUACACCUCAAUUUAAUUGGUGCUCAUAUUGAUAAUGGAUUCAUACCCGAUUCGCUUCUUGAAGAUGUGAUGAAAGCCUUGGACCUUGUUUCAGAUCCUGAAUAUAUAAAUCUCAUGAAGAAUAAAUUAGAUCCAGAAGGAUUAGGAAUCAUAUUAUUGGGUCCAUUUCUUCAAGAAUUUUUUCCUGACCAGGGCUCCAGUGGUCCAGAGUCUUUCACUGUCUACCACUACAACGGACUGAAGCAGUCAAACUAUAAUGAAAAGGUAAUGUAUGUGGAAGGGACUGCCGUUAUUAUGGGUUUUGAAGAUCCCAUGCUACAAACAGAUGACACCCCUAUUAAACGCUGUCUCCAAACCAAAUGGCCAUACAUCGAAUUACUCUGGACCACAGAUCGCUCUCCUUCACUAAAUUGAUUUGCAUAAGUAUUUAUAAGGAAGAUUGUAAUAGCAGAUAUUGAAAAAGGGAUGCAAGAGGCAAUUGGCUAUACACUGGUAUCACUGCUUAAUUGUAAAUAACAUAAGAACACAUUUUCAGUGUUUAAGAUAUGUUUAAAUUAUUUAUGUUAAAGGUACCCUAUUUUAACUCUGUGUGAAAUUUACUAGCAAAAUUAAGCUUCAAUCAAUCAAAGUUCACCACUUACUGCAGUCAAAUAAUUGGUCAUUUAUCAAAUUAUAAACAUCAUAAUACUAUAGCACUUGUAUUCUGAGUAUCAAAUUUACUACUUAUAAACUUCUACUUUGGGGUUUAUUUCAUUCAGGCAUAUUUUAUUGUUUAAAUGAUUCUGGCUUGCAGUAUAUCAGCCUCCACAUUGAAAUGCAGAAGAGUUCAUUUUUAUUUUUCUAAAAUCUGUUUUUCAUUAGAAAUAUUGAUAAAUAACACAUUAUCAACUUGGAUUGUUUUGACAAUUGGCUUAGCUCAGGCAUGUUUAUAAAAAGAAACUACAAAGGAACAUUACCAUUUAUUCAGUGGUAGAGGAUGUGUUUUAAAAAAAUGAUAGGAAAGAGAAUGUUUGAUAGUUUUAACACUUAACUUUCACUGUAUUGCCAAAUACACUCUUCUAAAUUUGUCCCGACAGCCCUGUAAGCCAGCUUUCUUGUAAAUUUAUAAAUAUGAUAAAUGCAUGGAAACAUCUGUUAUUACAUUAGUAUAUUGCAUUAUUUAUUACAAUCCUAGUGGAUGGCCUAAAUAAAUACUUUUUUUUUCUUUAAA